CGCGUUAUUGCGCAACGCGACGGUACGAACGCAUCGGACUCUGUUCGGUUGAGGUCGGUUCCGACGGAACCCCACCGAAGAGUUCAAUUGUUGCUCGGAGCGAUGACGGACAGCCAGGUGCACGCGCAUUGCGCGUCCCCGACACCGCUGGUCCUGAUGCUGCGCGCGCACGAGCAUCAGCAGCAUCACUGAGACGCUCAGAACCUCGGAUCGGGUGAAGCGAUGCCAGCCGCAGCCACACCGUCACCGAACCUCCUCCGAGCCAGCGAAUAAACACUCAUCUUCAGCGAGCCGCUUCAUCCUCACGAACCCUUGCGAGGACGCGGGUCUGAUGCUUUGACUUCGCUUCCCAGCGGUUCGUGACAUCUGCGGCUUUUCUUCCACGUUCUGGAGAGACUCCGGCGCUUUAAUCUGGAUAUGUUGAAAGGCACGUAAGGAUGGAUGGGAUUAUUAGUGUUUUGGGGGUCCUGACGCUCGUUUUGGAGGGCAUCUCAUGCCAGGGAGUGUAUGCGCCUCCUACUGUCCGGAUUGUGCACUCUGGUCACGCAUGUAACGUGGAGGAGGAGCGUUACUCUGAGAGGGUUUACACCAUCCGAGAGGGAGAGACGCUCGAGCUCACCUGCCUGGUCACUGGACAUCCACGACCACAGAUUCGAUGGACCAAGACAGCAGGCAGCGUGUCAGACCGAUUCCAGGACUCCAGCGUAUUCAAUGAAACCCUCCACAUCGCAAAGAUCCAGAGACAUCAGGGCGGACGCUAUUACUGCAAGGCUGAGAACGGACUGGGUUCACCGGCCAUCAAGUCCAUGAGGGUGGAUGUCUACUAUCUGGACGAGCCUGUGGUGACGGUUCAUCAGAGUAUCGGUGAAGCUAAAGAGCAGUUCUACUACGAGCGGACGGUGUUUCUGCGCUGCGUCGCUAACUCCAACCCUCCCAUCCGCUACAGCUGGUACCGCGGACGAGAUGUUCUCUCGCAAGGCUCCGAUAAAGGUGUGGAGAUCUACGAGCCCUUCUUUACCCAGCUCCAGGGGGAAACCAAGAUCUUGAAGCUGAAGAACCUGAGACCCAAGGACUACGCCAACUACAGCUGCAUCGCCUCCAUCAGGAACGUGUGCGGCAUCGCCGACCGCAGAGUCGUCUUCAGACUCACCAAUAAAACUGCUCCCGCCUCCAUCAAGCUGCUGGUGGAGGAUCCGAUCGUGGUGAAUCCGGGCCAGACGGUGUCUCUGGUCUGCAUCAGCACCGGAGGAGAGCCGGCUCCGAGCCUGGCCUGGACCAGCGGCUCCGGAUCUCUGCCGGAGAAGAGCCUGAUGAAGGAAGGGGUUCUGACGCUUCCCGCCAUCGCCUCCGAGGACGCCGGCGUCUACAGCUGCAUCGCCAGCAACAACGUGGGAAACCCAGCCAAGAAAUCCACCACCAUCAUCGUACGAGCGCUGAAGAAGGGCCGCUUCUGGAUCACUCCGGACCCUUACCACAACGAUGAUAACAUCCAGAUCGGCCGCGAGGUGAAGAUCUCGUGUCAGGUGGAGGCCACGCCGCCCGAGGAGCUCCAGUUCAGCUGGCUGAAGAACGGCCGGGCGUUACGCAGCUCCGAGCGGAUGGUCAUCACGCAGACCGACCCCGACAUCUCGCCUGGAACCACCAACCUGGACAUCAUCGACCUCAAGUUCACCGACUUCGGCACCUACACCUGUGUGGCAGCACUGAGAGGAGGAGCCAUCCCCGAGAUCAGCAUCGACGUCAACAUCUCCUCCACCACUGUCCCUCCUCUGUUUUUCUCUUUCUUAGUUCCUCCGAACCUGACCGUACCGCGGGGCAAGUCUCCGAUGGCGGUGCGGGAGGGCGAGACGGUGGAGCUGGAGUGCCUUGUUUCAGGGAAACCCAAGCCCAUCAUCCUGUGGUCGCGGGCGGAUAAGGAGGCGCCGAUGCCGGACGGCAGCAUGCAGAUGGAGAGCUACGACGGUGUCCUGCGCAUCGUCAACGUGUCGCGCGAGAUGAGCGGAUCCUACCGCUGCCAGACCAGCCAGUACAACGGCUUCAACGUCAAGCCCAGAGAGGCCGUGAUCGAGCUCAUCGUGCACUAUCCUCCGGCGGUGGAGCCGGUGUGGCAGGAGGUGCGGCAGGGUUUGGGUCGGCAGGUGUCCAUGAACUGUCGCGUUCUGCGCGCUCAUCCGUCACGUGUGCUGCGCUAUGAGUGGAGGCUGGGCUCACGGCUGCUGCACGCCGGCACCUUCGACUCGCGUGACGACACCGACUACAUUGUACGCAGCCUGGUGCGGGAGGGCUACGGCGAGUACACCUGUGACGUCAUCAACGAGGUGGGGCCGGGACGCUGCACAUUCCUGGUGACCGGGAAAGCGUAUCCUCCAGAGUUUUAUUAUGACACCUACAGCCCGCUGUGGCAGAACCGGCCGCGUGUCUAUGGCUAUAAGCUGCAGUGGACGCAGAUGAACCCGAGCGCCGUGGACCGGAUCAUGGCCUACCGCCUCGGGAUCCGACAGACGGGGCAGCAGCGCUGGUGGGAGCAGGAGAUUCCUGUGGAGGGAAACAUCCAGAAAGGAGAGCUGAUCACUCAUAACCUGACGGAGCUCAUCCGACCCGAGGUGUACGUGGUUCGACUGACGCCCAUCACACGCUUCGGAGAGGGAGACUCCAGCACCAGAGUCGUCACAUACAGCGCUCCCAUCAAUCCUCCUCUGAGAGAGUUUCACUGCAGUUUUGAGGAGGAUCCCGUCUGUAUGUUCACUCAGGACAAGAACGAUGACUUCGACUGGACGAGACACAGCGCAGCCACACGUGACACCAAAUACACGCCCAACACGGGGCCCAGCGGGGACCGCAGUGGCUCCAAACAGGGUUUCUUCAUGUACAUCGAGACGUCCAGACCUCGUAAAGACGGGGACACGGCGCGUCUCCUGAGCCCCAAGUUUAAUGUGGCUCCCAAAAACCCCUACAGCAUCACCAGCCCGCCGGCAUACUGCUUCAGCUUCUACUACCACAUGUACGGAAAACACAUCGGCACUCUGAAUGCUUUUGUGAAGCAGAAAGGUCAGUCGACUUCAGAUGCCAGUCCAGUCUGGUCUCUCAGCGGGAACCAAGGGGACCGAUGGAGACAAGCCAAAAUUAGCAUCCAUCCGACUGCCUCCUUCCAGGUGAUAUUCGAGGGCAUCCGUGGCCCCGGGAUCGAGGGGGACAUCGCCAUCGAUGAUGUCACGCUCGAGGAGGGGGAGUGUCCAGACCCUCCGUCCAAUCCGAUCAGAGGAGCGGCUGCACACAGCGUCUCCAGUAUAUGGCCAUUGAGGGUCAUGCUGUUUUUUACCGUAAUCAUCGGUCAGAGGUGACGCUCCACGUGAGAAAAGACUCCAGAUGCGUCCCUCAAUAUUUAAUCACCAAAGAUUCAUGCUUUCGGAUCGCAGAGGAGGCACAACACCGGAACGAAACAACAACAAAUAGAAAAGUAAUAACUAAUGCUUAAAAUAAUAAAUAAACGAACAAUCUCUGCCGAGAUGCAGCAAUGUCUGGAAUCGACCGAGGAUUUGAACGUUGACCUCAAAAGCACAACGAAUACUUCGCAAUCUGGAUUUAACCGAAAGACGAGCGAAAGCAGUUUCGUGAAUGAAGAUUGGGUUUCACACACCAUUCCCCUUCCUUUUUUUCCAUCUUGAGAUGUUCUUUUCUGGUGCUUUGGAGUACAAUCAACAAAACAUCGCAUCCUCUGGUUGAUCUUCUCUUGGUUUGUUCGGGGUUUGGUUUUUGGAUCGGUGCUUUAAAACGCAAAUAAAACAGAACCUCGUUCCACUUUAUUCCCCGACUCCAGUAGCAGCCUGAUUUCUCAACACUGUGCUCAUGUUGUCAAAUGAAGAACCUUGCGUUUUUUUGGCGUCCGUGACGGUGAAAAACUCGGUUCGUUGUCGUUCCCAGCACCGGUUGAGUGACAUUAAAAAAAAGAAGUGCCUUCAGGUUAAAAACCGAUCCGUUAGCCUGGCCAUCGACACCAAACGUCCAUGUUUCUAACAUCUCCGAUGGGCUAUUUUCUACUCAUUUCUAUCGCCCCUCAAGUGCUGGAAUGAGCGACUGCGAGCGUCACGUACGAACAAUCGUGAACACACGAUAUUUGGCUGCUGGAGGACGAUGUAUGGACGAAUGUCACGCUCUCCAUCCCCGGCUAUCAUGCCAUUUAUAUACCGAACAAUGUGCAUUCUGAGAGAAAAAAUACAAAACAUUCAUAAUUAUAAUAAUAUUUUAUUACUCUAUCCAGAAUGUGUCUCAGCUUUUACAAACAAACUGUGAAAAUCGGUGGCGGUAUCUACCUGGGCGCCGCUUUUUAAAAAGGGUGUUGUAAAAAAAAAAAAAGAAAACGUGUUAUGAAAAUGUCUCGUUUCUUCUGAUUUAUGUUGAAAUGUUCCGACUUUGCUGUCUUUAUUUCUCGUCGUCUCCCUUGCAUUGCUGAAAAUAUCAAAAACGGGCAGAAACACGCCGGUUUGGUAACUGUACAACUUGUAUAUGUAAAGAAGCUCUGUUCAUUGAGAUUUAUAUGAGAUGUUUUAUGUAUGAGUCAAAGGAAGCACAACAUUUAGGAUUCAGUCAUUUAUAAACAUCAUAUAUGUGACCGUCCUCCUACAAAACCAAGGUGAAAAUAAAGUGACACUCGAAGCUGACUCACUAAGAAUUACAU